AUGUUACAUCAGGAGCACCCGCUGGCGGAGGGGAGUUUCGCCCCUAUGGGGUCCCUUCAGCCGGACUCCGGCAAUGGAAGCUUAAACGGAACUGGGUCCUGGCAGACCCCUUAUUCACUGCAGGUGACCCUGACUCUGGUCAGCUUGGUUGGGCUGCUCAUGCUGCUAACUGUGUUCGGCAACGUACUGGUCAUCAUCGCGGUGUUCACCAGUCGAGCCCUCAAGGCGCCCCAGAACCUGUUCUUGGUGUCUCUGGCCUCAGCUGACAUCCUUGUGGCCACGCUGGUCAUCCCUUUUUCAUUGGCCAACGAGGUGAUGGGUUACUGGUACUUUGGCAAGGUGUGGUGUGAAAUCUACCUGGCGCUGGACGUACUCUUCUGUACGUCCAGCAUUGUGCACCUGUGCGCCAUCAGCCUAGAUCGCUACUGGUCCAUCAGUCAAGCGAUCGAGUACAACCUGAAGCGAACACCCCGACGCAUCAAGGCCAUCAUCUUCACCGUGUGGGUCAUCUCGGCUGUCAUUUCCUUCCCACCCCUCAUCUCCAUCGAGAAGAAGGGUGGUGGCGAGCAGGUGGAGCCCCUGUGUGUGAUCAACGACCAGAAGUGGUAUGUUGUCUCCUCCUCUAUCGGUUCUUUCUUUGCCCCCUGCCUCAUCAUGAUCCUAGUGUACGUACGCAUCUACCAGAUAGCCAAGCGUCGCACCCGGGUGCCGCCCAGCCGGCGCAGCAACGGCAGCGAGGCUGCUGAGCGCCGUCCCAACGGGCUUCCAGACCGAGGGGGUGGGGAGGGUCAGCCUCUGCCCGCCAAGCUCAAUGGGGCGGGAGAACCAGUCCCAGCUGAGCCGGAGGUGAAUGGUCUGGACUUGGAGGAAAGCUCCUCAUCAGAGCACGCAGAGCAGACGCCCGGCACCCCUGGCCCCCGGAAAGGGGAGCGGGCCCCCAGGGGGAAAAGCAAGACAAAAAUGAGCCAGGUGAAGCCCGGUGACAGCCUGCCGCGGAGAGGUGGUGAAGAAGAGCGGGGUGCUAAAGCGUCUCGCUGGCGAGGGCGCCAGAACCGUGAGAAGCGCUUCACCUUUGUGCUAGCCGUAGUGAUCGGGGUCUUUGUGGUCUGUUGGUUUCCCUUCUUCUUCACCUACACGCUCACCGCAGUCUGCUGCUCGGUCCCCCGCACCCUCUUCAAGUUCUUCUUCUGGUUUGGUUACUGCAACAGCUCCCUGAACCCGAUAAUCUACACAAUCUUCAACCAUGACUUCCGCCGGGCCUUCAAGAAAAUCCUCUGCCGGGUGGAUAGGAAACGCAUCGUGUGA